ACUAGGACUAUCAUUGGUUCCGCUGCAUUGCUAUUAGCUCUGGUAUAGACCAGACUCUGGUGACUUCUGGAGAUCUUACCAUCUUGUUAGUUCAAUAGGAGUCUCACUAGUGGUAAUGCUGCUGUUUAACUGGUUAUAGCAUCUGGCAUAGGUGAGAUCUUAGAGAUUAACAGGGUGGAAGGGAAGGAAAGGGGGAAGCAAGCUCCCGUUGCAUUCUCAUCUUCCUGGGUGACCCACCAAGCGAGCUCCUUUAGGCCCUCUUCCCUCCACCCCUGUUAUUUCACUUUGAAAUGCUGCCGCCCUCAGCACUUAGCAAAUCCUUGUUAUUUCUCUCAAGCCCUUGUUCCACCAUGGGGUUCAAUCAGCAUGCACAGGCUGCUUUGACUAUCAAAGUCUUGGGUUUGGAGGCUCUUAAUGGGGGCUCUGGGUUUGAGCUGCUCAGUGGCGGAAAGAGGCACUGCAUUGAUCUGAGCUCAGAGGUGCUUUAAGAGGGCCUCACUCUCUUAAUUAUUAAACCCUUGCUACCUUGUGGGAGUGUUUUGAUAAAGAGACCUCUGGACUCUUGAGCUCUCCUGGAAGAGCAUUCACUUGUGCAUUCUCUGGAGGAAGACACAACUGCAAGGUAAUUCUAACCCAUAUCCCCUGUGACAGGGUGUACAAGUCAUUCAGUGCCUCCAGCAGGGUACCUCAGCCUUGCUACCUCUCAUCCCAGUAAUGGCCCAGCUCUGAAUCAGACAGUGGUGUGGUUUUCCUGGGUGAAUUCCCAGCAGGGAGAGGCUCCGUGUGUCGAGGCAGCCAAGUGUCACUAAGCCUGCCAGGGCUCAGAUCCUGAAAAGGCUGAGUUACUCUCACGAGAGGCAGAGACAAGAGUUUUGCCAGCUGGAACCCAGAACAGGGCCUGCUUGAGACAGAAGAGCUGCCAUGUGUCCUUUGUUUGGGGUUUACUGAUUGCUAAACUGCAUGAAGGGAAUUUGGCCAGAGACGUGGCUGGGUUUUCUGGUUUUGUUUGUCUGGGCCGGCCAUGAAUUCUCCCUCAGGCUGCUCGCACCCAACUCUUUAUUGUGUUGGGGAAUAAAAUGUCCUUUUUUCCCCCCCUAAACAGAGACCAUCUCACAAAAUAGGGUGGCCAUUUCCUCUGUGGGAUCUGCCCCCGAGUGUAUUCAGGCUGAUGCUCUCUUGAACUCUGCUUGUUAUGUUCCCUGUUUAGUCGAUCAUUGUUAUUUCUGAGCGCUUGUUCACAUACCACAUUACUUCCAAGGCAAGCUAUGGUGUGACUCUACGGUACACCAGCAUGCUGUGCAGCAGCUUGCCUUGUGACCACAGCCAUGGUGCAGUAACAGUCCCAGAGUGCUGCAUUCUAGGACUUUCACUGUGCUGUAGCGAUGUCCACAUGGUGAGGUGGUGAAAGUGGGGUGCUGUGGUGCCGGACUCGCACCCAGCAAAGCUGGGCUUAUUUCCUAGCUUUGCCACAGACUCCCUUUGUGACCCUGGGCAAGUCACUUAGCCACUCUGUGCCUCGGUUGCCCAUGUGUCAAAUGGAGAUAAUAGCACUUCCCUGCCUCCUGGGGAUGUUAUGAGGUCACAUUAAUUAAUGACGGUGAGGUGCUUAGCUGCUAUGAAGAUGGAGGGGGCAUAAACAUAUCUGGGUAGAUUAUGCGUGAAACAGAGUUCUCUCUAACUUCCUCAGUGUAGUGACGUUACAGUGUCCCUCUGGUGUUUGUUAGACACACAUAGUUGUUCAGUGCUGUUCUUGGAGCUCCAAUGUCAGCUGCACUAGCAGACAGUGCAGCAUGUUCAUCCAGCAGACCUUGAUGUUUGCAAAGAAAGACCACAGCUCAGUUCAGUGGUGAAGGCACUCAGCCAGGUUGGAUAUGGCUGGCUGACCGACUGCUAAGAGACAGCGAGGGCCAGACAUGACCUCAGCUCUCAAGGCCCUGCCCAACAUCCAUGGAGCCUGCAUGAUCUCAGCCUGUCGGGGCCAACCAUCUCACCCGCGCAGUAUGUCCCUCUGGGAGCACGGGCUGCACCUCUUCCGCAGCGCCGUGGGUGUCGUCCUGCCGGCCCCCAUGCUGAGAAGGGCCCUGGUGCUCAAAACAGACGGCUGCCCCAGGCUGGUUGUGAAGGACCGGGCUUUCCCUGUGAAGAGGAACCUGUAUCUGGUGGGCUUCGGGAAGGCUGUGCUGGGAAUGGCGGCUGUGGCAGAGGAGAUCCUCGGGGACCACCUAAUUCAGGGGGUUGUCAGCGUCCCCCAUGGCAUCCGGGCAUGCCUGCAGCAGGCGGGAAUGGAGGAGAUGUUUCUGAAGCCUCACAGCAGGAUCCAGGUCAUAGAAGGAGCUAAGCACAACCUCCCUGACAGAGAGGCUCUGAGAGCAGCCAGCAUGAUUCGGGAGCUGGCUGAAGGACUGACAGCUGACGACCUCCUCCUUGUGCUAAUCUCAGGAGGUGGAUCGGCCCUACUCCCUGCUCCUACUCCUCCGAUCCUCUUGGAAGAGAAAGAGAAGGUCACCAAGCUUCUGGCUUCCAGAGGAGCUACCAUACAGGAGCUCAACACUAUCCGGAAAGCUCUUUCUUUGUUGAAAGGUGGAGGGUUGGCUCGGGCUGCAUAUCCUGCACAAGUGCUAAGCCUCAUCCUCUCUGAUGUCAUUGGCAACCCAGUGGACAUUAUUGCAAGUGGCCCCACUGUCUACAGUUCCCCCAGUGUUCAAGGCUGCCUUCAGAUAAUGACAAAAUACAACUUGAUGAGCACCUUGCCCAGAUCUGUGGAAACAGUGCUGUCCAGCUCCGUCUCAGAUCCCAGUGGUCCGAAAGACUAUUCUCAUGUCUACAAUGUUGUCAUUGGCUCAAACAGUUUAGCUUUAGAGGAGGCCAAACACCAAGCAGAGGAUUUGGGCUACUGGACCCUGAUUUUGAGUGCAGGGGUGUGUGGGGAGGUCAGCAGAGUGGCCAAACUCUACAGCCAGCUUAUUCAGUUUGUUUGCUUGAGCACAGCUGGACUUGGAGAAGAUCCUCUAAGAGACCAGGUGAGAGGAGAUCUUCUAAAGCUGGCAGCAGAGCUCGAGAUCCCAGGUUUGAACCUUGUGGACUCUUUGAAGGCUUUGCAAGGAUUGGAGUCUGAAAGAUGGGUUUGCCUGCUGGCUGGUGGAGAGACCACAGUCCAGCUUCAAGGAAAUGGGAAGGGUGGGAGGAACCAGGAGUUGGCCUUACAGGUGGCAUUGGAGUUACACCGAGCUAAGGCCACUGGGGCUGGCUACGUCCUUGGGAAAUGUGAAGUCCUGUUCCUCAGUGGUGGGACUGAUGGACAAGAUGGGCCAACAGAGGCAGCUGGUGCCUUCUCUAGCCAGGAACUGGUGGAUAAGGCUGCUCAGGAAGGUCUCGAUGUGGAGACUUUUCUGAGCAACAAUGACUCCUACACAUUCUUCAGUAAGUUCCGAAAUGGACAUCACCUUUUGCUGACUGGUUUAACAGGCACCAAUGUCAUGGACAUCCAGGCUAUUUUAAUUAGGGCUAGAAACAGAUAAGGAGAGCACCUCUGCAAACUCCUCAGUUGUUUUUAAUUAGAGGCAUUGGUGAAAAAUGAGGGUACCAAUGUUCUGGACAAAUCCAGACUGCUUAAAUUUUAGGCACAGCUGGCGAGGGCACUAAUAUCAUGACUGUAAAAGCUACAUUAGUGAGGCACGUGGGUGGGUUACCAUAACCAUGUUCAAUCUGUUAAUUAAGAUCAGAGUAAGGUAAAAAACACCAGAAUUAUGAGCAUUGGGGCUGCAUUAAAACCUUCCAGCCGAAGAACCACUAACAUACUGAAUUUUGGCUGUGGUUAGAAAGAAUUCAGGAAUGCAGGGCUGAUGACUGGCAGGCAAAUAAGGCUGGGAUUUAUAAAGGCGUCUUAGGGAGUUUGAGUUCAAAUGGGAUUGUUGGACAUCUGACGCCCAGCCUAAAGCGCUAGGUUGCUAUUGUAACUCUUAUUCCAUACAAAGCUAACAAGGUAUAUUAGACUAGUCCAUAGGGCCCUAAAUCCAGUGCACUCCAAGUUCAGCGGAGAUGAGCACAUGGCGUCAGUUUAACCUUUGGUCUUGGAUACAUGGCAAAAACACACCGGGCUGUGGUAUUAACACCAUGUUAGGUGAAGAACGGUGUGAACCAUGAUUCAGAUGCACUGGUGCAGAAACCAUCUGAACAUGAGACCUUCUCCCCAGCUGUGUAACCUUCUGUGCCCUGGUGUGGUGACAUUUCCGUCCCAUGGUUGAUAUUUCAUGGGGUAGCACGCUGCAGUGUGUGUGUGUAUGCUACAGGCAUUCAGAGUAUUACCGCCAAACCAGUCAGAAAGCAAUACAGUCUCCAGUCUGAGUCAUUGACCUUUUUACUGUAUAAAGUCGCUAGUCGCUGUCAUUCUGAUUAACUCCUCUAACUCCAUAGAACAAAAGGCCACAAAAUCUGUAAAUUCAACUCUCCUGACCCCUAUUGCUGCACUGAUCAAAGGGCAAAGCGGCUGGGGCCAUUGCUCUGUCAAACAGCAGAUCCCUCCAGCCUCUGGGACAAUGUGGAGCACCAGCUACUUCAGCUUUGUCAUAAAUUAAAAUCAGAUCCUGCCUUGCUAUACUCAGCUCAGUUCCCAACGUGACACCAGGGGCCAGGUUUUUCAAGAAGCACAGCAAUCAACGUCUUCAUCUCUUAUGAAGAUCUGGCCACUUAUUGCAGUGCCUAAGUGGGAGCUGAGCUUGCUUGAAAUUCCAGCUCUGAUUUAAAACAUUUGAUUCAGAUGGUUGCAGACGGAUGUAGCUGUGCCAUGUGGCUGAUCUAACUUUGCAAUUUAAGUAUACCAUCCUAUUAAUACCAUAAACAGUGAAAUCAUUGUACAGUCAUGCUGAGCAAGGCUCAAAGAGGGACCGGACAUUUAUAAUGAUAACAAGAAUAGUUAAUGCUAAUAUUAUUUUUGGAGGGCAUAUAAAACAUUAUGCUUUUUGGUUUUAAAUCAAUCUCUAUGCAAUAGAGAUUAGGAUUGGAUCUACAUAUCUACUGAGUGAUUUCUUGCGCCUUCCUCUGAGGCAUCUGGGCUCUGGUAACUAUCGGAGACAAGAUCCUGGAUCUUGAGUCUGAUCUAGUCUGGCAGAUCCUGUGUUCUGAUGUGUUAUCUUGUGAUUAAGGCAUAGAUUUGGGAACUAGACGAGCUAGAUCCUAUCCCAGCUCUGCUAACACUCCCAUUUAUAAGCUUAGACAAGUCACUAACAAUCUGAGGCUCAAUUUCUUCUGUAACAUGGGGGUGACCAUCUUUACCUACAUCCCAGGGGGUUUGUGAGGCUAAAUUUGCUAGUGGUUGCAAAGUGCUUUGAAACCCACUGCUGGAAGGUGCUAGAGACCUAGAACAUAUGAUAAACUGGAGGCAUGAAUACGUCAGGGUGCAGACUGUGGAGGGAAGUUUGUGUGUUUUUGAAGGUUUCUCAGUGGAGUGGAGAAUGUCAUUUGAAUUUCCCUGUGUGUGUGGCACCUACCAUAGUGGGAUCCUGAUCUGAUUGGGGUCCCUGUGCAUGACUGCCAUGAAAAUAGCAUGAAUAAAUGCAAAGGGAAAAUGAA